GUUUUACGACUGACCGCAAGGGAAAGCCUCCCACGGAAACCGACUCAAAGUCAGUUUGGUGGCGACAGACCAGCGUUUUGUGUUUACUGUCACGAGAUGCGCUUCCUCCAAAAAGAGGCCAAAAGUAAACAGAAAUCGAGGUAGUAAGGAUGGCUAAUGGCAGCAGGCAUGAGGAAACACAGCCAGCUAACGUCUACUAACAUCACCUGAAUCAACUGUUAGUUAGCUGUCCUGUCGAAACAAACCCACAUUUGUGUUUUUUUAAAGCCCAGGAGACUUUCAACAAAAGGGAAAGGGAAAAGAUGGAGAUGCUGUGUUUUCGGUUACCGGGGCACGGGGACACUACCCUGAAGCACCUGAAUUCACUGAGGUCUCGUCAGCAUUUCUGUGACAUCACCAUUGUGGCCAGUAACAACCAGACUUUCAGGGGGCAUAAGGUGGUGCUGGCAGCCUGCUCGCCCUUCUUAAGGGACCAGUUCCUCCUCAACCCUUCCCCCAAGCUUCAGGUGUCGAUGCUGUACAGCUCCUCAGUGGUGUGUGAUCUCCUUCAGUCUUGUUACACUGGCGUCCUGCAGUUCAACCCAGAGGAGAUUGUCAACUACCUGACCGCUGCCAGCUACUUACAGAUGGAGCAUAUUGUGGAGCGCUGUCGAGGAGCAUUGAAGAAGUAUGUGCAGCUGAAAAGCCCCAGUCCACCAAAGAUGACUUCAGAGGAGAGCCAGCCUCGGCCAUUGAUUGUCAGCGCAAGUGUUUAUUCUGGUGCGUCUCCUCCCACCAGCCGACCCUCCCCUGGGCACCCACACAGUCCUGCAGUUCGCUCGGUGGAGGAGAACAGUGGCGACAUGUCUGCCCAGGGUAGCAGUCAACACCACGAUGGCAGUCCGAUACUGGAUGAGCCGUACAUUAAGCUCAACACAUCGGACGAUGAACAGGCCAGAGAGGACUACGAAAUGAUCAGAAUAUUUGAAGAGGAGGAGAGAAGACACAAAGAGGAGGAGAGAGGAGCUCCCUCUGAUGGACCUCAAGAGUUGUGCUAUCCAGAGACAGAAGGUGUUGUGAUUGGAGAAGGCGGUGAAUAUGACCUGAAUCCAACAGAAGAAGGUCUCAGUACAGGAGGACUUUCAGUGGAGGGGCUGCGUGCUUUCAGACGCAGGUCUGACCCUAAGAUUGGCCAGGGCAGAGGGAGAGGCAGGGGGCGGGGUUUUAAGAGGAGAAGGUGGGUGUCAUCACAGGAGAAAAGACCUCUAGGCAUGGCUCACCACCAGGAUUUGUGGUACCUAUCAACAGCAGGGAUGGGAGGGAAUUUCGGCUUGGACUACAGCCAAGAAGGGCUUAAGACAGGAAGUUAUGUCUCAGUUGAGCUCCCACAGUUAGACUUCAGCAUGGGUGAUGCUCAGGGAGAAAAGGUCUCACCACUGGCUGCCAACAGUUUGACCCAGUACGCCCUGGAGGAGUCUAGUCCUGGUGAGGGGAGUUCAGGGCUGACAACUGUUGGUACAAACGAGGGAGGGGAUGAGUCCGUCGCCGUGGUGGGAUCCACCUCCAGUGUAGCCGGGCCUGUAAUCUGUGAGCACUGUGGCAUGACGUUCCCCUCAGCCCACUCCCUUGCCAUCCACUCCCGCUCCACUCACCUACUGUACGCCUGCCCCUGCUGCGGCAAACACUUCCACCACUCCGCCAACCUCACCCGACACAUGGCCGUGCACCGAGGCGCCGGCAAAACCCACCAGUGCCCUUUGUGCUACAAGACUUUCACUCAAAAGUCCACACUGAUAGACCACAUGAACCUCCACAGUGGUGAGCGACCGCACCGCUGCGCAUACUGCCACGCCCGCUUUGCCCACAAGCCCGCCUUACGACGCCACCUGAAGGAGCAACACGGAAAAACCACGGGGCAGAACUCCCUGCAUGAGCAGGAGGAAAGGGAGAGAGCCGGAGGAAGAAUAAGGGAGGAAGAGCAAGAAUGCCUCGUUACUGAACAGGUGUCACAGACCGUUUAGAGACAGUCAAGUGUCUGAGCAUCUUUGCAGAGAGAGGAGUGUGAUGAGUCCAGUGGGAGGUCAGUCAGUGGGGUCACAUUCCCCAUGCAGAUAGUAAGCGUUAAGUGCCGGAAACUGGCUGCGAGGCCUUUAAAAUGUCAGACUGUGAAAACAAAAACCCUUUUAAAUAAAAUGUGUUUCAAAUUUGCAUAUGAAUAAGUAAUGGACGUGGGUAAAAAUGACCAAGACUGUCCUCCAUCCUCCCGUGGUGAGACAAGAGGCCUUUUUCACAGCAGACAUUUUGACUUGUUACAGUAAGAAUAACACAUUUUAUCGAUAUCAUUAAUGAUGGCUCCAUAGAAACAGAUUGAGAGUAAACAUAGCAGGAUGGUCAGAGUGGCAGCCAUUGUUGUGUGCUGUCAUUGCAACAGUUGGAAUCAACUUGCAGUAAGUUGCAAACUCACUGAGAUGAGGUUUUGCAGCAACGACCAAACAAACAGUGGAGUAGUAACGUUAUGUUUUUAAAUACGCAAUCCAUAACUUUUAAAGUAUUGCCUUAACUGUUAUUUAUCUUUAUUUUAAUGCUUUUAAUUGCAUUCAGCUGUCAUUACGUAUGGCUGUGGAAAUUAGUAACCUCUGUACAAAUAAUUCAUUACAUUUCUGCAAACUGUGAUCACUGUAAAAUCUCUAAUCAUUUUUAACGUCAGAAGGAUGAUCAAUAUGCUGAAACUGACUUAACAAGGUGCUUCAAAAUAUUAACAAAGAGAUGACGGCAAAAUGUAGGCCUAAUCUAAAAGGAAUGAUGAAAUUAAUUGAUCCUUAAUAUAUAUACCAAUGUUUUUCCAUGUCCCAUAAAUAGGAUCUCUUGAAUUACAUUUAAUCUCGUCCUAUCACAUCACCUGCAGCUAUCUCAGCUAGAAGUGUGCGUACACUGGUCUGAAGAUUGCGUGAGGUGCGCAUUUUCACCGCCUUUUCUUCUUUUAUAAAUACCAGUUUAUGUGUGACGGAAAGUGCACACAAGGUUUUUGUGCGUACACAUUGUUUAAGUGUCUGGCCUCAGGACCCUGAAACUGAAGCAGUGAAAUGGAACUAUCAUUAAUUUUUUAUUAUUUCUACCUGUUACUUUUCCUGCUGUGACAUGUCAAAAUGUCCUUGGUGACAAAAGCAUAUUGGAUUUCACGUCUUAAAAUAGUCUCAUUAGUUUGAACUGUAAACUUGAAUAUAUGGAACGUUCAGUGCGACGACUGGCCAGUUCACAGAAAAGAUGUAAAUGAGUGUAAAUAAAAGAAUAUAAAAGUCUCCUCUUAGUUACAUGAAAACAGUCAACUGUAUAAUAUACUGAUGGUAGUGGUGUUGUCUUCACACUGAGCCUGAGCGGCAUCUCUCUCUCUCUCCCUUGUUAGUUUUGUUACAGGUGCUGUUCUUUCAAACUUUUGAAGAUCUAAUACAACUUAUUCCUCUGUUGAAAAACGUUUAGCUGAUACAUUUUGAAAGUGGGAUUUCUAAGGAUUCAUGGUUACUUUACUCUGGCUUUUGUGUGAUCGACUGCCCUUCUAGUGUUUGGAAGGGCAAAAUUGGUCUCAGGUCAUCUGUGCCUUUCUGUUAAUAAACAUAUAAUAACACACACCUAAUAAAA